UAAGGUGUAAGCCCGUAGCUACUGCACAGCAGAGGGCUUUCCAUAGAGGUGUGGGAGAACUUUCUGAAGUGAAGUGGCCAAACAUUGAAAAGCCUGACCCAGCACAAAAGGUUUGGGAAGUCUUCAUCUGAUCCUGGACUCACAAGAGGUGCAAAAGGGCAACGCGUGGGGCUGGACAGGGCGAGUAAGAAUGAGCAGCAACCAUGAGGGUUUAAAGACUGCCAUUCAUCUCUGCAGGGCAGGAAUCUUAAAUGAGAGUAGGACCACCGUCCCCUUCCUUGUCACCCUGCCUGUAGUCAUGGCCUGCUAGCUUUUCUGCCUGUUAGGCCUUGAGAUCACUCCCCUCCCUUCUCUGUCAGUCAUCUGCCCCAUUUCUUAUCUGGUCUGUUUCUUUCAAGGUUAUUAGAGACUUCUUACUAGCCAGUUCACAGAGAGUUGGUUUCUGAAGGCCUUCUUCCUUUUCCUCCAGCCUCUUAGUUUGCUGCUGUGCUCUGGCUUCUUCUCUCCCCCAGCCCUUGCUCUAGAAGCAGGAAGUGAUCAGAGGAGAGAAUGCAAGUUGGAAGACUACGAAGGCCAAGAGACAAGAAAGAUGUGCUCUAAUGAAAGGAGGCAGGGACCCUUUAGAUACACAGGAAGAAAGAAAGACAGGGUUUCUUCUCUGGGCUAUACUGGCAAGAAGACCAAUCAUUAUGAGGAUACUGGGCACACAAUUCUGCCUUCAAAAGCCUGGGGUAAUGGUGGAAAUAUGGAGACGAGAGCCGUUCUCUGGAACCCAUCCGUAAGACACACACCUUAUUCUGGACGACGUAAGAGCAGAGAGGAAGAGCAUGUGGAGGACCAAAUCCAUAUCACAGUGUGGAGAGAUGAAAAAGCUCAAAAGAGAGAAGUGGAGCAGUUCACAGAAGACGGAACACUGGAGAGCUGGUUCAAGGUCACGAUUCCAUGUGGGAGAAAGUGUGACAAGACACAGCUAAUGAAUUCAGUCCACAGCCUUUGCAGCGUGCCCUUCACACCAGUGGAUUUUCAUUGUGACAAAUACCGGAUCCAGUUCUUUGUCCAGGAUUCUAGCAUUGCAUAUGCAUUGAAGGAUGUCAGCUACAAGAUAAGUAGUGAGGACUUUGAGAAGAUACCUAUUUUUGUCAAUCCCUCAGUUGCACCCUACUCUGUGCAGAAUAGGUUCACAAGAGAACAAAUGGAGCAACUGAAGCUGGCCAUGAAGAAAAGAUAUGAUAUUUCCCAGCAUGCUCUGUGCCUCAAAAAGCUCCGCUUUGACCCAGACUUGAUGAAUCACAACAUAGACAUGAUUCUGAACAGAAGAAGCUGCAUGACUGCCACCCUUCAGAUCAUCCAAGAGGAUUUUCCUAAGCUGUUAUCCUUGAACUUGAGCAGCAACAAACUGUUCCAGUUAGAUAGCCUGUUUGACGUUGUAAAGAAGGCACCCAAGCUCAAGAUCCUGAACCUCUCCAAAAACAUGCUAAGAACAGCAUGGGAACUGGAGAAGAUAAGAGGGCUGAAGCUGGAACAGCUGUGGCUAGAAGGGAAUCCCUUGUGCAGCACCUUCCCAGACCAUUCUUCUUACGUAAGUGCAAUCCUGGAGUAUUUUCCGCAGUUGUCAUGCCUGGAUGGCAGGAAGUUACCACUUUCAACUGGAAUGGAUAUUGAAGAACCCCAGUUAAUGAAGCCCCGCAAGGCCAUCUUUAAAGGUUCGGAGGCCAUAAAGAAUCAAGUGCAGCAAUUCCUGCAAGACUAUUACUUGAUCUAUGACUCUGAAGAGCGACAAGGUCUCCUGAGCAUUUACCAUGAGCAGGCCUGUUUCUCCCUGACCAUUCCCUUCAACCCCAGUGGUCCAGAUCUGAGUAGCAUGUGUGGGUACUUCAAGGAUGAAAGGGAUGUGAAGAAUCCCAAGGAGUUCCACAUUCAGAGGCAGCUGCUGAAGUACACAAAAGAAGAUAUUGUGGGCUAUCUGAGGACAUUACCCAAAACCCUGCAUGUCUUCAACUCUUUCCAGGUGGACAUCUGUUUCCAGAUGGAAAAAACGCUCUGCUUCUCUGUUAGUGGGUUGUUCAAGGAAGUGGAGGGCAGCUCUCAGGAAUGCAUCCGUGCCUUCAUGAGGAUCUUCAUUGCUGUCUUUGAAAGUAGUUCAAACUUGUGCAUUGUGAAUGACCAACUUUUUGUGAGGAAUCCAAGCCCUGAUGAGAUCCAGGGUGCCUUUGCUAUAUCCUCGCCCACAUCAUGCUCCAGCUUCAAGCUCGUCCUUUCUCAAGAGCAGCAAAGAAUGGUGCAGGCUUUCUCCACCCAGUCGGGGAUGAAACUUGAAUGGUCUCAGAAAUGCCUUGAUGACAACAAGUGGGACUAUACUAGAGCUGCUGAAGUCUUCACUAUGCUCCAGACCAAGAGUAAGAUCCCGAAGGAAUUCUUCAAACAAAUGACUUAAAAACACACUGCUGGACAUAAUCUUCCUUUUGUCCACACUCUUGCUUCUCUGUUUGUCUCUUGCCUAUGACCCCAUCUGUAAGUCUGGCUGACCACAAGACCAAAGUUAACAUAUAGACCAGGCAACAUAGACCACCUGCAACCCAGGUAACUUGCGCUGUGUAUUUCUCCUUGAGACGUGCCUUUUGUUUUCAUAAUAAAAGUUACUUUGCACAUUG